UUAUUUAUACAUAAUUACCCCAUAAAAAACAUCGAAAGAUAUAUAAUUAUCGUUUAAAUGGAUAAAUUAUGAAUUCAAAUAUAUCGAUCUGUCGACCUACUAAUUAUGCAUAUUUCAAUCCCGGAAGUCACUCAGAACGAGGCUGUGACGUCAGUGGUUACAUCAAUCAUAUUUGACUGACGGGUGUAUAUACAUAAUUAGCGCUAUUUCAUUUCCGAAUAUCUUAAAGAAAAAUACAUGACAGUGAUUAAAAAUGGUUCUGUGUGCUGCCAGUGGGUGCAACAAUAGACAUAAGAAGGACAACUUAAUUAGUUUUUUUCGUUUUCCAAUUAACCCGCAAACCAGGAAGGCGUGGACACAUUAUUGUAAGAGAUGGGACUUCCUACCAGGCGCUAGUCAUAGACUUUGUUCCGCCCAUUUUACAAAUUCAUGUUACGAUCGUGACCCAGAAGUAAUGAAGAACCUCGAGGGAUGUCCUACCAUGAAGCCAAAACUCCGUCCAAAUGCAGUACCUGACAUUCCAUUGACGCAACCAACAACAGCUGAGCCAAAGCCACCUUUACCUAAGCGUGGAGCUUUUGAGAAGCGGAGAAAAGCUGAGAUUCUACAGCUUGCAUAUGACAACUAUGAACGAGAGACGGAAUGUGUACAACUCCAAGUACCAGACAGUACCACAACACCAGAACCAGAACCAGAGCUGCCAACCUCCAAUGUUACAGAGAACAAUACAUCCAAAGUUACCAUGGUUACACAGACUACUCCACCACCAUCACCAAAAGUAGUAAAACACAAGAAAAGCCAAUCCUACCUCCGUCCACAGCAACGUACCAGGAAACAUCAAACAGAUCUUAAGAUUACACAACCUUCAGCAACAUACAGUACAAUUGCUACACAGACUGAUGAUGACAUUACAAAAUGUACAUGUGCCAGUACUCUACCUACAACAACUCACACCACUUCAGCCCAAAACUCUGAUGACGAUGAGGUUUCCAGCCAUGCAGAUAGUGAUGAGGACUACCAACCCUCAGAUGAUGAUCAGAGUUCUGAUGCUGACGCCGAUGACAUGAAUGAUGAACCCAAAAACUCAAGAGACUAA